AUGGCCAACAACGGCAACUCAACUUACUACUUGCCCCUCGCUAACUGCACCGAAGUCACACCCCGGUGUCCAGUUGAGCACUCAAUCUACGGCUAUUAUCCCUCGAUCGGUGCAAAUGCCUUCUUCGUGGCUUUCUUCGCCAUGUGUGGUGCCCUCCAACUCCUUUUUGGCAUCCGCUACAAGACAUGGACGUAUCUGAUUGCCAUGUUGUUGGCCUGCGUUGAUCAAUCGCUCGGCUACGUUGGCCGUGUGAUCCUGCACAGCAACCCGUUCAACGAGAUCGGUUUCCAGAUCCAGAUUUGCUGCCUGAUCCUGGGUCCUGCGUUCAACUCUGCCGCCAUCUACCUGGUCCUCAAGCACAUAACUCUGACAUUCGGACCAGAGUAUUCCAAGAUCAAACCAAACUGGUACACAUGGAUCUUCAUCACCGGAGACCUCGUAUCACUAGUGAUUCAGGCAAUUGGUGGUGGCAUGGCCGCUACCGCCAACGACAACCAAUCCCAACAAGACAUCGGUGACAACCUGAUGAUGGCGGGUAUCGCCUGGCAAGUGGUCACCUUGAUCUUCUUCGGUGUAGCUGGGGCAUGGUACGUCUUCCGUCGCUGGCGAGCCCACGAAGUGCCACUUUCAGCCGAGGCCACGGGUUUCCUGAGAGACAGGAAAUUCCGGCUGUUUGUGCACGGAUUCAUCCUCGCGUAUGCAGCGAUUGUGAUUCGAUGUAUCUAUCGGAUUGUUGAGAUGGCCGGUGGAUGGGCGAAUCCGGUGAUGCAGUUUGAGCCUGCUUUCAUUGCGCUUGAUGGAUGCAUGGUUGUGUUCGCCACCCUCGUCCAAACAGUCUUUCACCCAGGAUUUUGCUUCCCACGUCUCUCAACUGGAUACGUCCCUCCUCCGCCGUCGUCGACCGUCUCGGCGCCUCCUAGAGAGUACAAAUCGUCGAGUGUGCUCUCCACACCACCUGGCGAGUCGGUGGAGAUUGACAAAGAGAAACACGUCCGAGAAGAUGCUUAA